GGACCUGAGUCCACAGUACCGCUGCGUUCACCCGUGAAAUGCAAUAACCAACUCUCCGUUUCCAAGAGACUGCCUGCCGUGUGCUUUCAAGACUACGGUAGUUGUGCUUUGCUUUGCGUGGCAAAAAGGCGUCUCUUAAAGCUUUUUUUUUUUUUUUUUUUUUUUUUUAGCACAUUGUGUGGAGACUGGAUGCGCUUGAGGACGAUUGUCUGUAGCCAGCCAGUCAGUUAAAAGAGUGCCUAGUACCAUGUAGAAAAUGCCUUAAAUUAAUCGGAUUAAUGCUCUUUUUAAGUUUUCAACUUUUCAGUUCACCUGGCUUUAUUUGUCUGUCCGUACACUACACGUUUUGGACUUGUUGUGAGGGAACACGUCUCCUGGCUCCCUGGUGACAGCAGAGGUGUGUGUGAGAUUUGGAUCUGUGCAAUCCCUCGGACCUGUACUGAAAGGCAGCUGUUACGCUGUGUGUCAAGAGGCCUGACACCGAAUCACACAAUUUCAACUGAUCUAACGUUGGAUUAAUCGGCAGCCAUGGCAUCACAUGGAGACAUCGCAGAGGGAGGAGCCAAUGAAGAGUUCAACGACAUCAUCAAAUGGAGAUCUGAUGAGCACGAUGCAGUACAGAAGAAAACGUUCACCAAAUGGAUAAAUGCACAGUUCUCCAAGACGGGGAAGACGCCCAUCAAAGAUAUGUUUUCUGACCUGAGGGAUGGGAGGAAGCUGCUGGACCUGCUGGAGGGUCUCACUGGCACUGUCCUGACCAAAGAGCGAGGCUCCACCAGAGUGCACUCUCUCAACAACGUCAACAAAGUACUUCAAGUCCUGCAUCAAAAUAAUGUUGAUUUGGUAAACAUAGGAGGGACAGAUAUUGUGGAUGGGAACCACAAGCUGACCUUAGGCCUCAUCUGGAGUAUUAUCCUUCACUGGCAGGUAAAAGACAUCAUGAAGGAUAUCAUGUCCAACCUGCAGCAAACCAACAGCGAGAAGAUAUUACUGAGUUGGGUGCGUCAGUGCACCCGCUUGUACCCAGAAGUCAAUGUGCUGAACUUCACCACCAGCUGGGCUGACGGCCUGGCUCUCAACGGCAUCCUUCACCACUUCAGGCCGAACGCAUUCAGCUGGGAUCAGGUGGUCAAACUGAGCCCUGUGGAAAGACUGGACCAUGCCUUCACUGUAGCCAAAGACCAGCUGGCAAUUGAGAGGCUACUGGAUCCCGAAGAUGUGGCGGUGCAGUUGCCAGAUAAGAAGUCCAUCAUCAUGUACGUGACAUCGCUGUUUGCUGUGCUGCCCAGAGACGUGAGCAUGGAAGCCAUCAGAGAAGUGGAGACCCUGCCACGCAAAUUCAAAGCGGAGGCUGAGGACUCAGGUCAAGGCCUCAGUGCUCAGAGUGUACAGAUGGAGGAAGCAGGCAGCAGCCCCAGGCCUGAGACCCCCAGCACCCUGACAGAGACAGAGGGGGAGAUGGAGGGCAGCUUGGUGGAGGUGGACCUGGAUAGCUACCAGACCACGCUGGAGGAGGUACUGACCUGGCUGCUGUCGGCUGAGGACACCUUACAGAUCCAGGACGAUGUGUCGGACGAUGUGGAAGAAGUCAAAGACCAGUUUCACACACACGAGGCUUUUAUGAUGGAGCUGACAGCACACCAGAGCAGUGUGGGCAAUGUGCUGCAAGCUGGUAACCAACUGAUUGCCCAGGGAAACCUGACGGAUGAGGAAGAGGAUGAAAUUCGGGAGCAGAUGAGCCUCCUCAACUCCCGCUGGGAGAACCUCCGAGUGGCCAGCAUGGACCGCCAGGCCAGGCUCCAUGAAGUCCUGAUGUAUCUUCAACAGCAGCAGUUACAGCAGCUUUCUGAUUGGCUGACGCAGACUGAAGAGCGAAUCAGAAAGAUAGAGACAGAACCGACAGCCAAAGACCUGGAGGCCUACAAAGAGCAGAUAGAGCAGCACAAAGAGCUUCAGAACGACCUGGAGGCAGAGCAAGUGAAGGUCAACUCUCUGACACACAUGGUGGUUGUGGUGGACGAGAACAGUGGAGAGAGUGCCACUGCUGCCCUGGAGGAGCAACUACAAUCGCUGGGCGAGCGCUGGGCAGCUGUGUGUCGGUGGACAGAGGAGAGGUGGCACAAGCUGCAGGAAGUCUUUAUGGUGUGGCAACAGCUUCUGUCAGACCAGAGUUUGUUUAGAGCGUGGUUGGCAGAAAAAGAGGAGGCUUUGAGUGAAGUACAGACCAGCAACUUUAAGGACCCAAGUGAAAUGAAUACUAAUGUGCGCCGAUUAGCAAUUUUAAAGGAAGACAUGGAAAAGAAGAGGAAGACUCUUGACCAGCUGUCUGAUGCAGGACAGGAUGUGAAAUCGCUACUUCGGAGCCCCGAGGCAGGAUCCAAGAUAGAGGCAGACACAGAAGAGCUGGCACAUAGAUGGGACAGCCUGGUGCAGAAGCUGGAGGAUUGCUCCUUCCAGGUAAUGGAAGCUGUGACGGACGCUGAGAUGACUCAAGUGGACGAGCAAGUCGUUGUGGAUACAGUUGCUGUGGCUGCUUCGAUCCCUGACCAGGAAUUGGCUCCACCUGCUCCCCCUAAGAAACGACUGGUGGAGACAGAUGCAGAAGUCAGACGAAUGUUUGAAAAUAAGCUUUCUGACCUGCUGAGCUGGAUUAAAACAUGGAAGACGUCCACUCAGGCGCUGGCCUCCACACACCCUGAGACUACACCUGACACACCGGACCUGCAGGAGAAACUAAAGGGCCUGGAGUUGGACCUCAUAGCAAAGGAAGCCACAGUUAGUCAAGUGAUCCAGGAGGGACGGGGCUUGAUGGACCAGCUGGAAAGAGAGGGUGUGUGUGUGGACUCAGUGCGGGCAGACAUAGACCUGAUCCAAACUGAGUGGGAUGUGUGCGCGAGGGAGCUGCAGGCAGCCCGUGAGCGAGUUCACACUCAGAACCGGGUCAGAGCAGUUUCUGCAGGGCUGACAGACCUGGACCGGGCCUUGGAGGAGCAGGACGAGUGGCUGAACUCAACCUUAGCUGUAGAAAAGUGUGACGAGGCCGAGCUGAGUGGAGAAUGUCAGUCCCGACUUGCCCAGGUCACGGCACUGAAGCUGCAACUGGAGCAGCUUUCUGCAGAGGCAGGAUCACUGGGAGCCGUGCCCUCUCUGAAAGACAGCCUGGUGGUGGUAUCUGCACAUUAUGCUUCCACACUGCAGCGGCUACAGAGCAGAGAACAGGAAGUCACCAAAGCCCUGGCCACUCCUGAGGCGAACCAGGCGAUACCAUGUCCAGUGGAGGGUCUAGAGGCCAGGCUGGCCACUCUGAGGGAACAGAUAGUAGACAUGCCUACCACUGAGGGGGCAGUGGAUCGGGCACAGGGUCUGUGUCUAGAGAUUGAACAAACACAACAAGCCUCCGAUCCGGCAGAACUACAGAGAUGGAGUCGACUCUCCACCAGAGCCCGGGAGGAGCUGGGGACUCUGCAGUGCAUCCUGGGUAGCAUGAAGGACAAUCAGGUGUGUUUGGUACAGGUUGAGCGUUGGUUGGAUGCGGUUCAGGAGCUGUUGUCUCGUGAUGCCACGGGGUUGGGCGACACAGAGAGUCUACAGGAAGAGCUAAACCAGUGCAAGGAGUAUGUGAAUGAGAUGGAGGCAGUGGAGGGUUCCUUGAAGCAGAUGGGAGAGAAUGUGAGUGCUGUACAGGCAGCUACAGUCCCAGGACUGGCCAAAUGGGGGCAGGAUAAGUUGGACGAGUUCCGGAGCAGGUGGGACACGCUGAGCAAACAGCUGCUGAGCCACCAGGAGCGUGUGGCAGAGAGUCAGGAGAAGCAGGUGAAUCUGAGGAAGGACUUGGCGGAGAUGCAGGAGUGGAUGGCCCAGGUAGACGAGGAGUUUCUCAUGAGGGACUUCGAGUACAAGAGUCCCGAGGAGCUGGAGGCAUCGCUGGAGGAGAUGAAGAGGGCUAAAGAGGAUGUGCUACAGAAGGAGGUGAAGGUAAAGAUCCUGAAAGACAGCAUCAACAUGUUGGUGUCCAGAACAUUGCCCCCUGGUGGGGGCAGUGGGCAGGAGCUGACCUCAGAGCUAGAUGGGGUGCUUGCCAACUACCACAAGCUGUGUGACCGCUUCAAGAGCAAGUGCCACACUCUGGAGGAGGUUUGGUCCUGUUGGAUGGAGCUACUUCAGUACCUGGACAUGGAACAAAAUUGGCUCAACACUGUGGAGGAGAAGGUCCAAGCUACUGACAACCUGCCAGAGAGCACUGAGGCCGUCAACGAAGCUCUGGAGUCUUUGGAGAGCGUGCUUCGCCACCCCGGGGACAACCGCACUCAAAUCAGAGAGCUGGGUCAGACGCUGAUUGACGGGGGCAUAUUGGACGAACUCAUUAGUGAAAAACUAGAGGCCUUCAAUUCUCGUUACGAACAACUCAACCACCAGGCGGUGAACCGGCAGAUCAGCCUCGAGCAGCAGCUGCAGACACUGAAGGAGAACGAACAGGCGCUUCAAUCGCUGCAGGAGUCUCUGAGCCAGCUGGACCACACACUCACCUCCUACCUCACGGAUCGCAUAGACGCCUUCCAGCUCCCACAGGAGGCACAGACCAUCGGGGCGGAGAUCGCAGCCCACGAGGUAACAGUGGAGGAGAUGAGAAGGAGGAACGUGGCCAACUUGCCUCCCCCCACCACUGAUGGCAAGGCUGCCCGUGGUGGGACCAUGCUGGAUCAGCUUCAGAGGAAGCUGAGAGAGAUCUCCACUAAGUACCAGCUGUUCCAGAAGCCUGCUAACUUUGAGCAGCGCAUGCUGGACUGUAAGAGGGUCCUGGAGGGGGCCAAGGCUGAGCUGCACAUUCUGGAUGUCAAGGAUGUGGAACCGGAAAAGAUCCAGUCCCACCUCAGUGGUUGUAUGAAAUUAUACAAAUUGCUGAGCGAGGUGAAGCUAGAGGUGGAGACGGUGAUUAAAACAGGUCGCCAGAUUGUGCAGAAACAGCAGACUGAGAAUCCCAAGGCCAUGGACGAACAGCUUACUGCUCUCAAACUGCUCUACAAUGACCUGGGGGCUCAGGUAACAGAGGGCAAGCAGGACCUGGAAAAAGCUUUGUCUCUGUCUCAGAAGUUCCAGAAGGAGAGUGCUGCCCUGCAGGAGUGGCUGAGCACAAAUGAGGCUCAGCUCCAGCAGAAGAACAGCUGCGGAGACAUGCCAGCAGAUAUUGAUGCCGAGAUUGCAUGGGCUAAUGGCCUGCUGAAGGAGUCAGAGCGUCGUAAGGUGGAGCUGUCCAGCCUGAUGGAGACCAGCGCUGGACUUCAGACUUUGGUGGAGGGCAGUGAGGCUCAGCUGGAGGACAAACUCUUUGGCCUCAAUGAAUCCUGGGGCCGCGUCCGCACCUGGACCGAGGACUGGCUCAGCGCUGUGCUGAGUCACCAGAAUGAGGUGGAAAUUUUUGAUGAGAACUUGGCUCACAUCAGCACCUGGCUCUAUCAGACCCAGAUCCACCUGGAUGAGGCUGAGCGGCUCGCCCCGGCAGAGAGGGAAAAGGUGGUAAAGAGCAUGCUGGAGGAGCUGGAGGACAUCAGUCUGCGUGUGGACAGCGUGAGGGACCAGGCCAUCAUCCUGAUGACCAGCAGGGGACCUGCCUGCCACGAUGUGGUGAAGCCCAAGCUCACUGAGCUCAACUGCAACUUUGACAAAGUCUCCCAGCACAUCAAAACCGCCAAGAUGAUGACCAACCUGGAAUCAGGUGAUGUUGAGAUGAACCAGCAGGCACCUCAGCAGGUCAUUCACAGCCAGGAGGCUACUGAUGCUGCUGAGGCUUUGGUCCCCAGUGAGGUGAAGGUCCUUCAGGCAGAGCUCCAGGACACACUGAGGGUUCUGCAGCAGCAGGACGCAGUAAAUGUUCUGGAUGAUGACAAGAUGGAUGAGGAGAAAGCCAGCGUAGAAGACCUGCUCAGAAGAGGAGAAGAGCUACUGCACCAAACUUCAGACGAGGGCCAGAGGGAGGAGUUGAGACUUCUGCUGCUCCGGCUGCAGAACCAAUAUUCUACUCACAGGGAGCUGAGGGUGCGACGAAUCAGGCAGGUCCAGGUCUUUGUGGAGUCGUCAUCUUCUAACACCGUCACAGAGCAGACAAGAGAGUUUUCAUCUGAGAAGAUGUCUGUAGUGGAGCGUAGCAGUGCUGCUGCACUGAGUCCCUCCGACUACCUGUUGGACAUCAACAAAGUGCUCCUAGCCAUGGCUGACAAUGAGUUGCUUCUGAACUCCUCUGAGCUCAGCGGGGGGCUCUAUGAAGACUUCUCUAGCCAGGAGGACACGCUGAGGAAUAUCAAAGUGAAUCUGGAGCAUCUGGGCGAGCAGAUUACAGGGAUCCACGAGCGCCAACCUGAUGCCAUUCGGGAUGCUUCGCCCGCUGAGGUGACUCAGAUUGGGGACUCCCUCACGCAGCUCAACGCCGAGUGGGACCGCCUUAACCGCAUGUACAACCACCGCAAGGGGAGUUUUGACCGUGCCAUAGAGGAGUGGGGGCAGUUCCACUGUGACAUGAAUGAUUUGAGUCAGUGGCUGACUGACACAGAGGCACUGCUGUCUGAGAGUGUUGGCCCCGAUGGACAUCUGGACCUGAACUCUGCACGACAACACCAAGAGGAGCUGGAAGAAGGCCUUGCCAGUCACCAGCCUGUCCUGGCUGUACUAACCCGCACUGGGGAGCAGAUAAUUGGGCAGCUGUCAUCUCUUGAUGGACCACUGCUUGAAGAGAAGCUAGACACUCUGGGUCAGCGCUGGAGAGCUGUCAGCUGCCAGGUCCUGGACAGACAGCGCAGGCUGGCUGGUGGGGACCCAGCCGUGUCAGAGCUGGUUAGAAGACGCGAGGACCUGGCUGUAUGGCUGGAGCAGGCAGAAAACGCUGUUAGCUCCCUACCUGUCACCGCCACUGACAAAAACCUCAAAGAACUCAAGGCCCUUGCUGAGGAAAUGGAUGCACAGAAUGAGCGUCUCGGUUGGUUGAACAAGCACGCUCCUCAGAUCCUGGCUAGUCCCAGUGUGAGCCCUCAGAGCAGAGACCAACAUGUUAGCAAACUGAGAGCUAUCAACCUCAACUGGAGCAAGGUGACCCGUGAGUUGUUGGAUAAGGUGGGGGAGGUGGAGGCCAACCUGCAAAGUCAUGCACAGUUCCAGGACAGGAUGGACAGACUCACUGACUGGGUUGUCAUCACACACCAGACAAUUGUGACCAGAGGCCUUAAUCCGGCACAAGCACAGGCUCUGGAAGCUUCCAUGAAGGACAGGAAGAAGGACCUGGAGGAGCUGUUGGCUCAUUCUAUAGAGCUGCAGAGACGACAGCAGCUGUUGCCUCAGGAAAAGAGUAAGGUAGAACAGCUGGCGGCUGACUGGAAAGCCCUGGACAGUCGACUGAGAGAGUCUCUUCAGCCACCUGUCUCUCCAUGGACACAACAGCAACAUGUCGUCCAGCACCAGCAGCUCGUGUCUGCAGUCCCCUCAGCCGUGCAGAUGGCCAGCCUGGUGAGCGAGGACCCCCGCCACCAAACCCCACACACGCCGGACACCGUGGCGCCCACCGACCUCAACGAGACCGCCACCGAACUGGCAGACUGGCUUCUCCUCAUCACGCAAAUGCUCAAGUCUAAUAUUGUCACUGUGGGGGAUACGGAAGAGAUCAGGACCACUAUGGGACGUCUUCAGGUGACGAAGAGUGACCUGGAGCAACGUCACCCCCAGCUGGAGGACAUUUUCACCCUGGCACAGAACAUCAAAAACAAGACCUCUAAUCUGGAUGUUCGUACAUCCAUUACUGAGAAAUUGGAGAAGGUACGCAACCAGUGGGACACCACUCAGCACGGUGUUGAGGCACGACUCCAGCAGCUGGAUAACAUGAUUGGCCACAGCAACCGGUGGGAAGAGCAGCGGAAGGAGGUGACGGCCCUUAUUGGGCACCAUGAAGGACGUUUCCACAACCUUCUUCAGCAGUCCAGAGAUCCCCUGACUAAACAGCUUGUUGACAACAAGGCGUUCCUCCAAGACCUGGGCCGAGGCCAGGGUACAGUUAUAGCCUUCAACGAGCUGUCCAGUCAUCUUUUGCGGGAGUAUUCCACCGACGACACCAGGAGAAUCAAAGAGGUCACAGAUCAACACAACGCUGUCUGGAACAGCCUCAGCAAUAGGGCAAGUGACCAUUGCGCCCAGCUGGACAGUGAAAUGAAGGGUCUGCAGGUGUCUCUCAGGGAGCUGGAGUCCUUCCUCAAAUGGCUGCAGGAGGCAGAGACUACAGUCAACGUCCUGGCCGACGCUUCCCAGAGGGAAGACCUGUCGCAGGACUCCGCCCACGUGAAGGAGCUGAGGCAACAACUGGAGGACAUCCAGGCCGAGAUCGAUGCCCACAAUGACAUCUACAAGAGCGUGGACGGGAACAAGUCGAAGAUGGUCAAGGCUCUGGGCAGCUCAGAGGAGGCUGUGUUCCUCCAGCACAGACUGGAUGACAUGAACCAACGCUGGAGUGACCUGAAGGCAAAGUCAGCCAACAUCCGGGCCCACCUGGAGGCAAGUGCUGAGCGCUGGUCCCGUCUGCUGGGCCUCCUGGAGGAGCUGUGGAGGUGGAUCUGCAUGAAGGAUGAGGAGCUGGCCAAGCAGAUGCCCAUCGGAGGAGAUGUACCCACCUUGCUUCAACAGCAGAACCACUGCACGAUGCUACGAUCCGAGCUAAAGGAACGUGAGCACCUGGUGAUCAGUACUUUGGACCAAGCUAGGAUGUUUCUCGCUGACCAGCCGAUCGAGGGUCCCGGAGAGCCACGCAAGAACCUGCAGCAAAAGACUGACCUCACCCCGGAGGAGAAGGCCCGAGGUUUGGCUCGGGCCAUCCGCAAGCAAACAGGCGAGGUGAGGGAGCGGUGGGAGCGUCUCAAGGGACACGUGGGUGGCUGGCACAAUCAGGUGGAGCAAGCCUUGGAGCGACUCCAGGAGCUGCAGAGCUCCAUGGAUCAGCUCGACCUGCGGCUGACUCGGGCAGAGGAGGCCAAAGCUACCUGGCAGCCUGUGGGGGAUCUGCUGAUCGACUCUCUGCAGGACCACAUCGACAAGACCAUGGCCUUCAGAGAGGAGAUCGCCCCAUUACGUCAGGAUGUAAGACUCGUCAAUGAGCUUUCUGCAGAGCUAACACCCCUGGAUAUUCAGCUGUCCUCCACCGCCUCCAGACAACUGGACCAGCUCAACAUGAGAUGGAAACUACUACAGGUGGCGGUUGACGACAGACUGAAGCUGCUUCAGGAAGCCCACCGAGACUUCGGCCCCUCCUCCCAACAUUUCCUCUCCACUUCUGUACAGCUCCCCUGGCAACGUGCAGUUUCUCAGAAUAAGGUUCCAUAUUACAUCAAUCACCAGACACAGACAACCUGCUGGGACCAUCCAAAGAUGACAGAGCUCUACCAGUCACUAGCGGACUUGAACAAUGUGAGAUUCUCAGCGUACCGAACAGCCAUGAAGAUCCGCAGACUACAGAAAGCACUGUGUUUGGACUUGUUGGACCUCAGCGUGGCACAGAACACCUUCGAGCAGCACAAACUCACCAACAACAACCAGCUGCUGUCUGUUCCCGACGUCAUCAACUGCCUGACGUCCAUCUACGAUGGCCUGGAGCAGGAGCACAAAGACCUGGUCAACGUACCGCUGUGCGUUGACAUGUGUCUCAACUGGCUGCUCAAUGUUUACGACACUGGUCGCAGCGGGAAGAUCCGCGUCCUGUCCAUGAAGAUCGGUUUGCUUUCGCUCUCUAAGGGACACCUGGAGGAGAAAUACAAAUACCUCUUCAGCCAGGUUGCGUCGGCAGGUGACACAUGCGACCAGAGGCAGCUCGGUCUCCUGCUUCAUGAAGCCAUCCAGAUCCCUAGGCAGCUCGGGGAGGUGGCAGCCUUCGGAGGCUCCAACAUUGAACCCAGUGUCCGCAGCUGCUUCCAGCACGUGACCAAUAAGGUGGAGCUGGAGCCCAGGCAGUUUGUUGAUUGGAUGCGUCUGGAGCCUCAGUCCAUGGUUUGGCUUCCCGUGCUGCACAGAGUGGCUGCUGCAGAGACGGCGAAACAUCAGGCAAAGUGUAACAUCUGCAAGGAGUGUCCUAUUGUUGGCUUCAGGUAUCGCAGUCUGAAGCAUUUCAACUACGACGUGUGUCAGAGCUGCUUCUUUUCCGGGCGCACCGCCAAGGGCCACAAGCUCAACUACCCCAUGGUGGAGUACUGCACACCGACGACAUCAGGUGAAGACAUGCGUGAUUUCACCAAAGUGCUGAAGAAUAAAUUCCGAUCGAAGAAGUACUUUGCCAAGCAUCCUCGGCUAGGUUACCUACCUGUCCAGACGGUUUUGGAGGGCGACAACUUGGAAACUCCCGUCACCCUCAUCAGCAUGUGUCCGGAGCAGUAUGAGCUGUCCCAGUCGCCUCAGCUCUCUCAUGAUGACACCCAUUCCAGGAUAGAGCAGUAUGCCAACAGGCUGGCACAGAUGGAGCGCUCCAACGGCUCUCUGCCCACAGACAGCAGCUCAGCCACAGGAAGCAUGGAUGAUGAGCAUGCCCUGAUCCUGCAGUACUGUCAGACACUGGGAGGGGAGGGCUCCCCCUGCAGUCAGCCCCAGAGUCCUGCCCAGAUCCUACAGGCCGUGGAGAGGGAGGAGCGAGGCGAGCUGGAGCGGAUCAUCGCUCGUCUGGAGGAGGAGCAGAGGACCCUGCAAAGGGAAUAUGAGCAGCUAAAGGAGCAGCAUGGCCAGCGAGGGGCCCCUGCUGGAAGCCACUGGGAGUCAGAGGGACCCUCUACCCAUCCCGAUGAGGCCGAUCUUCUAGCUGAGGCCAAGCUGCUACGACAGCACAAGGGUCGUCUGGAGGCCCGCAUGCACAUCCUGGAGGAACACAACAAACAGCUGGAGUCUCAGCUCCACCGCCUCCGACAGCUAUUGCACCAGCCGGAGGUAGACUCAAGGGUAAAUGGAGUGUCCUCUCCUUCUGUGCAAGAUCAAGGGCCACUCACUGAAAACUCAGAUGAGCUGCUGGACUCCCACAACAGCAGCUCUGACCUGGCAGAUGUAAUGGAGCAGAUUAACAACUCCUUCCCUGCAUGCAGUCCCUCAAGCCUCUCCUCGAGACCACAGGUGAUGUGAGAACAGUCAUCACACAGGAUGGUGUGUGUUUGUUUAUGUACACAUGAUUGUGCGUGUGUGUGUGUGUGUCUGUGUGUAGUGAGUGUUGGAAGAGACAGAACCAUUCCCAAACAAGUAAUCCUCCCGACCCUAAAUCCCAAAGACGCACAGGACCGGACAACUUAACUACUUUUACCACCUUGUCUUGUACUAUGCAAAUUGUACAUUUUAUGAUCUGUAGAUUGUACCUGAACUUGGUUCAACAUUUGUCAGUGAUUUGUUUAGAUAUGCAGAUGAGUAUAUGGACACGGGGCUUUGUAUAGCAAAACAAGCUUUUUGUUUUUCAGAGGGUGGUUUGGGAUUUGUGUUUUGUUCUUUUUAAGUUCUUCCUUCACUGGGAAUCAAACUGUUACAGUCUUUUUUGUCAUUCCACUGCUUUGAACCCUUGAGCCCCCAGUUGUUAUUGUCAACGGAAGUAGCCACAGCUUUUGUUCCAUAUUUGGGAGCACGCACAGUUCCUGAGUAAUAACAUUCAGUGGCUGAAAGGAUGAGUUUGAAGAUUUAGACUGUCACAAGCUUCUGUUUUGUUUUAAAAAUCUAUCUUGUAGCAUGCUUGAUGUCAAGUUCCCCUUUAAAGCAUUGAUAUGCCGGCAGACUUUGCGUCGACUGCGAUUUGUUAAUGUAAAGUUUACCCCUUCUGUGCCUAUACAGUUUGUCAUUCCACGAGUGGAAGACGAGAUAAGAGUUGAUGAAUUAAAGUGGGAUUGUGUAUAAAGUGAGAAGUUUUGGAAAAUAUAGAUUUAAAUCUAAAGUUGUUCUGAAUCUGGGUUUGUAAGAGGCCCACCAUCAUUAUGUAGAAUAGUUUUUUUUUUUUAAAGAUAUAUGUUCAGAAAUCAGAGGAAAGCCAUGAUUGCCUUGCUACCUCAGACUCAUAGACACAGUUUUGUUUUUGUGGUUCGUAAACUUGUUUAAAACAGUUGUGAUCAUUUACAGAACAUGAACAACCUGGUUUAGCAUUCUAAUGCUUUAGCUUACUGUAUUUGUAUACACUGCAACGAGGAGAUACCAAGUAAAAAAAAAAAAGAAGUUAUUAUUACUGUACCACAAUGGGUCUGUGGCCUGCUGAAGCUAGCCACCUGUACGAGUAUUACUUUAUCUGUUGUUGGUUUUUCCACUGGCCUUCUAGCACUGGUCCCUCACUGCGUUGUGUUGUUGUGCUAUAUGCUAUCCUGUAAAACUUGUGAGACUGAACAACACUACUAUAACCUCCUCUGACUGUAGACUGACGACGAUGUUGGUGAUAAUUUUAAUGAUUACAAUCAUGAUGAACCGUACCAUGGCAGAACUGUGUCGCUUCUCCUGAGGUAUGUAAAAUAGAUUGACCACACUACGUGUAAUAUGGCUAUGUUGUUUUAUUCUAAAUAAAAUUUUUAUAACAAGUA